CAUUAGCGCUGGAGUUCAGCUCAACACUGCUUCUUCUAGCCUUCUAGUGUUGAGCAAGAGUCUUUCUCGCUCUUGUGUGUGUGUUUGUAUUGGAGACCCAGAAGAAAAUUGGAUUAGUCUGAGAAAUGUCACAAGCACCGUCUCUCCCUCGCUUGCGCUCCCCGUUUCUCUGUUGCCCUCUCAAGCUCGCUCCUCCUACGACUUCUUUUCUCUCCUACAAACCCACGAGAAAUCAACGGUCGCCGGCGUCUUAUCCAUGCAUUCGAGCUCUUGAUCUUGAUCAAAACACGGUAGUGGCAAUAUCGGUGGGGUUUGUGAGCGUUGCGGUUGGAAUAGGCAUUCCAGUCUUCUAUGAAUCCCAAAUUGAUAAUGCUGCAAAGCGAGAAAACACUCAGCCAUGCUUUCCGUGCACUGGCACCGGGGCACAGAAAUGCAGAUUUUGCAUGGGAACUGGCACGGUGACAGUAGAGCUUGGUGGGGAUGAGAAGGAAGUCUCUCGAUGCAUCAAUUGUGAAGGUGCGGGUUCAUUGACAUGCACCACAUGUCAAGGCAGUGGCAUACAACCCCGAUACCUUGAUCGAAGAGAAUUCAAAGAUGAUGACUGAUUCCCAAGAAGAAGUAGCAGUGAUUUUGAAAUUGGAAGAAAUUAGCGUCUCACUAUUUUUGACUGCAUACACAUCUUCUGCAUUCUGUCUAGUGCUUUUUCAUGCCUUUCAUCUUUUGUAUAAUUUGAUCAUUGAUACAACUAUCUAUCUUAUUCUUUUACAUAUGUUUUGUUGUGAUUUGAUGAAGAUAAUGAUGUGUGCUGUU